AAUAAUGACUGCUUCUUCCUGGUAACUAAUCACUUCCUGUGUCACACGCCCUGACUGCUGCAAGACCAUUGGAGUGAAAGUGAGCUACAUCAAAGGCAGUGAUUUUUAAAGCUUGGUCAUCACUCUCACUUUAAACGCUACUGUAUGUGAGCUACAUUCUCUACAUCCUGGAAUAAGAUCUUAAUGAUCUGGCACAGCUGGCAUACACAAUUGCUGUACACCCAUUGGCUUCAGAAUGUUCAGUUCACUUUCAUUUUGUAGCCAGCUUUAAUAGCUAGGUUGACUGAUGGUUACUCGUGGCAGGAUGCAAACAGCAGAAUCACAUUGCAAGAAAAUCCAUUCAAAGCCACUUCCAUAUUCUGUGCUCAGCAAUUCCUGCUUCUGUUUUUUUGUUGUUUUUUUUUUUUUGUAUUAAUUUAUACUUUUGCCUAGUUACGAUUCCUGGAAAAAGUAUAAAAUGCAACUACUCCAAGAUAUAAUUUUUCCAAAUCCUAAUAGGGCGUAACCUUAACAACACACCCAGACUGUUGUAGGCUUGUCUUAGAUACACACUUCCAUGCAUCAGAUGAAUUCAGAUGCUCAACUCAGGUAACUUCCUCAUUCAAAGGUAUUUAGAUAGAGUUAUUUUUACCAUGACUGUCCCAGAUUAACUUUGAUUUUGUUUCAAUUACACAUUGAAACAAAGGGGAUUCCUCAUACAACUGAGAAAUGAAUACAUUUAAAAACAAAUUACUGCAAUGUGGGGUUUUUUUGGUUUUUUUUAACCCCCAAGUGCUUUUUUGCCGUUUUUUUGUGGUCAGGUUUUCAGUGCUGUAAAUAAUUUCACCUUGUAGAGCUUACUUAACUCUUUCAGAACUAAGUAACUGUACAAUUCAACCAGCCUUAUUUAAUCAUUUCAACAGUUUCAGUGUCGUAUUAAGGAAAUAUAUCACCAAAAAAAUAACCACAUGCGACUGGUUAACUGUCUGUUAUGUAGAGUGGAAUUAUGUUCCACUAUGUUAGUUUCAAGAGUGCAGUUUUGAAAGACAAACCUAGCAAACAUGCAUUUGCAUUUUAAAACAUAACAUCUGGUACUACACUAGGUUAAAGAAAGAUCUCAGUUUGUGGGGGUUUUUUGCCUUCCAGUAAGUCUUUGACUGUUUUACUUCUUAGGCCCUUUUAUCCCAGCAGAGUCUUUGCGGAUCAAAGAAUCGUACUUGCUGCAAAACAUAUCAGUCAUUAGGGGAAGCAGCUGGUUGGUCACUAACAGGACAAAAGGCCCUGAAAGGGUGGGAACAAGUUCACUCUCCAGGUGAAAUGACCAAGGAAGUAUAAAACUAUGUGAAGCAAGGCUUACAAACAGAGAUUUCAUUUUCUAGUCAGUGUAGUACCAGAUAUCACGUUUUAAAAUGAAAACACAUUUUUGCUAAAAAAAAAAAAAAAAAAAAAACACGAUGGAAUUAUGCAGCAGUUUUAAUUUCCAAAGUUUAAGGUAAAAGAAAGAAAAACAAAUGAAUAAAACAAUGUCUUUAUCAUGAUUCUGGUCUGAGUUUAGUUACUGGUGUUGAAAUCUAUAUAUUUUUUGUUUUUAUCGCUACUCUUGCUCACUAGAACUGCCUGGCAAGUUGCGUGCAGGCCUGUAAGGUUUUACCAGGUUUUAUUUGCUUCUGGUUCAGAGAAGAAAACAUUCUCUAAAAAAAAUCUAAAUUUUAGAGAAAGCAAAUCAUUUGGAAUGAUUACAAACAUUAUAAAACAUAUACUAGCUGAAUAUCCAAAGGAAAAAGUUUGGUCAUUUUAGCAAAUGUAGCAUAACAUAAAUGGCAUUAUCUAUCAGUUGUAUUUAAUGUGAUAUAAGAAUGGUCAAUAAUUAUAAUUUUAUUCUAGCCUCUCUACUGUUAUAAAAACUGUUUUCUUUUAGAGUAAUUUCAAGACAAGCAAAAAUGGUUUAGACUCAAAAAUGUUCUCUAAUAUACUAAUGAUCACAACCUGACAUACGGUAAAAUGUUUACGGUAAUAUAAAAAUUAAAACAAACAAAACAGAUGCAUGUCUGUCAUAGGGAUACAAAUAUACUAAUAACAAUACAUGUUUGCUUUAUAACCUCGGCGUUUAUGUUCAUAUUUACUAGGUGGACUUCCCCUUUAAAUAUCGGAAUGGUGAAACGAAGCAGGAAGUUUUCUCGGUAACUUUUUUUUUUUUUUUUGUAAACCGAGCACACUCGUAGGGAGACGUGGAGGACAUGAUUUAGCAGGAAGUGGUAAAGUUAUUCUGCUGUAACAAGCCACUGGAUCAUUUUAUAGCAAGGGGUAUGAAAACAGACGAGGUAUGGAGAGUUUAAACGGGGAGCAAGAUGUUUUUUGUCAAACUGAAAAAGCUUCGCCGCUGGCAGGGGAAAUAGAUUUAUUGUCAUGUUUUUCAAAGUCGUCGAAUACAUAUCUGCGUUGGGAGUACGUGCAAGAAAAGUAGCUAUUAUGAAAAUGCAGGAUAUAUAAACGUCAGAGAGGAUUUAAUUGGAACUGAAUGUGAACUUCACAAAACGAGGCAGACUAGAAGCCUGAGCUAAGGUGUCUGUGCGUUCUUGGUAUAAACUAUUCUAUUAUUAACUAUAAGGAAAUUGAAGCUGGAAAACAAGGACGCAUAAAGGGAAAUCAACUCAUGUAUUGUGAAUGUAUUUUUUUUUUGUUGUUUAGUUUUUUUUAUUCGGAGCCGUCAAGCUGAUUGGUCAAUUCAAGUACUACUAGUACAGUACUACAGUACAGUAAUGUCAACACAGUGACAAAUCAAUCACCAGCCUGAGGAAACAGAAAUACUGACUGUUCUGCAAAAGAAAACUGACUUCAGAGCUGAUCGCUGGAUUUUUUUUUUUAACCGUAUAUAUUUUAUCCUUUUUUAAGGUUUUGUGUAUUUUAUCGUAACAAAUUGAACUGCACACUGACUUGACUAUGACAAGUUGUGUUUACCGCAGUCGUUUUGUUUUGCCUUGGAACAGUUAGUAGAACUAGAAUCCAUUCUUUUGGAGCGAUAUAUUUAACAUUUAUUUUAUUUAAAACGCGAACCCCUUCUGUUUGUUUGGUUCUGUUGUUGAUCCUGCUUUGUAAAUGUAUUUAAGUGUAUUUAUUUCCGUGGGAAAAUUAAUCGGUGGGCUCGUGAAUCCACACUUUCCGGAUUUAUUUUAAGUUAUUUUUUUAUAUACAAUAUCCAAACUAUAUAUAUAUAUAUAUUUUUAUUACUUGGAUUUCAUAACCGAUUUUUUUAAAAAACGAUGAUGGCUGGCGGUGGGGUCUCACCCUCUGGCGGGGCGUCUCCGUUGUGGUAUCACCGGGAUCUGAGCCGAGCUGCGGCCGAGGAGCUAUUGGCCCGGGCAGGUCGGGAUGGAAGCUUCCUAGUUCGGGACAGCGAAAGUGUGAACGGCGCCUACGCCCUCUGCGUCCUGUACCAGAAACACGUGCACACCUACAGGGUUCUCCCAGACGAAGAGGAUUACCUGGCAGUCCAGACAUCGCAGGGUGUUCAAGUGAAGCGCUGCAAGACCCUUCCGGAGCUGAUCCAGCUGUACUUGCAGCCCAGCCAGGGCCUGGUCAGCACACUGCUGUACCCAGUCGAACGGGAGAAGGAGAGCCUAGACGACCGUGACUACUCUGACGGUGAGGAUGAUAAGCCGCCCCUCCCACCUCGCACUGCCUCAACCAGCAACCCCGCCUCCUCAAACUCUGCCCUCGUUCCUGCAGGACAGGACAGCCAAACAGACCGCAGUGGUGCCAACGGGCUGAGCACAGUGUCUCAUGACUAUCUGAAAGGCAGCUAUGCACUGGAUCUGGAAGCGGUGAAGCAGGGGGCCAGCAACCUGCCCCACCUCAAGACAACACUGGUUACCUCCUGCAAGCGACUUCAUGGGGAGGUGGAUAAGGUCCUAAACGGUCUGGAGAUCUUGUCCAAGGUGUUUGACCAGCAGAGCUCCCUCAUGGUCUCUCGGAUGAUACAGCAGUCGGGCAGUCAGGGAGGAGACCAGGAGCUGGAUAACCUCGUCACAAAGCUUUCCAUCCUCAAAGACCUGUUGUCUUCCAUUGAGAAGAAGGCCCUGAAAGCACUUCAAGAUAUGAGCUCCACAGGACUCUCUCUACCUAUCAUGCCUUCCACACGCCACAGCAAAUCCAUCCCUGUACAAGCCUUUGAGGCGAAGCUGGAGGUGAACCUGGCUGACCUCACGAAGAUCGGGAAGUCUCAGAAGCACACGCUGAGCGUGGAUGUGGAGGGGGGAAAGCUGGUGGUGAUGAAGAAACUGAAGGACUCGCAGGAGGACUGGAACACCUUCACUCACGACAAGAUCCGUCAACUGAUAAAGUCCCAGCGGGUGCAGAAUAAGCUGGGGAUCGUGUUCGAGAAGGAGAAAGACAAAACCCAGAGGAAAGACUUCAUCUUUGCCAGCGCUAAGAAAAGGGAAGCUUUUUGCCAGCUCUUGCAGCUGAUGAAGAAUAAACAUUCCAAUCAGGACGAACCGGACAUGAUAUCCAUCUUCAUUGGAACCUGGAAUAUGGGCAGCAUCCCCUCUCAGAAGAACAUCAGCUCCUGGGUGCUGUCCAAGGGCCUGGGGAAGACUCUGGACGAGAUGACGGUCACCAUCCCACACGACAUCUACGUGUUCGGAACACAGGAGAACUCCGUGUGCGACAAGGAGUGGGUAGAGUUCCUGCGGGGGGCGCUCAGGGACUGCACAGAGAUCGAUUUUAAACUGAUUGCCACUCAGACUCUUUGGAACAUUAAGAUUGCUGUGCUGGUUAAACCGGAGCACGAGAACCGAAUCAGCCAUGUGGGCAUGUCCAGUGUGAAGACGGGCAUCGCCAACACGCUGGGUAAUAAAGGGGCGGUUGGGGUUUCUUUCAUCUUCAAUGGCACCUCCUUUGGGUUUGUGAACUGCCACCUCACCUCCGGAAACGAGAAGACAGCCAGGCGGAACCAGAACUACCUGGAUAUCUUGCGGCUGCUCUCCCUGGGGGACAAGCAGCUGAACUCCUUUGAUAUCUCGCUCCGAUUCACACACCUCUUCUGGUUCGGGGACCUCAACUACAGGCUGGACAUGGAUAUCCAGGAGAUCCUAAACUACAUCAACAGGAAGGAAUUUGAGCCCCUUUUGAAAGUGGAUCAGCUGAAUUUGGAGAGAGAGAAAAACAAGGUGUUUCUGCGAUUUGCUGAAGAUGAAAUCUCUUAUCCCCCAACCUAUCGCUAUGAGAGAGGUUCCAGGGACACCUACGUGUGGCAGAAACAGAAGCCGACGGGGAUGAGGACCAAUGUUCCCUCGUGGUGUGAUAGAAUUAUGUGGAAGUCCUACCCAGAGACGCACAUUGUGUGCAACUCGUAUGGCUGCACUGAUGAUAUUGUCACGAGCGACCAUUCCCCAGUGUUUGGGACUUUCGAAGUGGGGGUAACAUCCCAGUUUGUCUCCAAGAAAGGGCUGCACAAGUCUGCUGAACAGGCCUACGUUGAGUUUGAGAGCAUUGAAGCCAUUGUGAAGACUGCCAGCCGCACCAAAUUCUUCAUCGAGUUCUACUCCACCUGCCUGGAAGAGUUUAAGAAGAGUUACGAGAAUGACAGCCAGAGCAGCGAUAAUAUUAACUUCCUGAAGGUGGGCUGGUCGUCCAAACAGCUGACAACGCUGAAGCCAAUACUAUCAGAAAUUGAAUACCUGCAGGACCAACACUUGCUGCUUACGGUCAAAUCACUUGAUGGAUAUGAGUCCUAUGGGGAGUGUGUGAUUGCUCUCAAGUCUAUGAUUGGCAGCACAGCCCAGACGUUCCACACCUACCUGUCUCACCGCGGGGAGGAGACAGGCAACAUUCGCGGCUCCAUGAGGGUGCGAGUGCCAUCUGAGAGAAUGGGCACACGGGAGAGACUCUAUGAAUGGAUCAGCAUUGAUAAAGACGAGACCGGAGGGUUGAAGGGAAAACAGACUACAGGCCCCCGUGUUAACCACGAUUACGUCAAGCCAACUGCCCGCAAGCCUGUGCAGGGGGAGCCGAUGGGGAAGGUGUUUGAGGAGAGUGAGCGGAACCCGACUCACCUUACAGGACGCACCAGCUUCCCCCUGCCCUCCACGCCCAAGGAGGAGACCAUGCAGACAAGGCCCAAGCAGGACUCCUUAGACGGGGACCCCUCCAGCAGCAAGAACAGCUACAAUAACCCUGCCUACUACAUCCUGGAGGGCGUGCCAAACCCAGCUGCUGCAGUGUCACCUGAAUCCGUGCCAGGCUCCGCUCUCCCUCCUAUAGCCAGCAAGGGGUCAGCAGCGCCUGGCAAGAACAAGACCCCUGCGGGUGGUGCAACUCAACAGCGCAGGCAGACCGGCGGACGCUCCGGCCGCCUGAAGAGCGAGGAAGGGUCCUCGGAAGAAGAUGGGACUCCGGCAGCACCGGGUAGCGGUGGCACACUGAACCGGCCUCCCCCAGACUUCCCGCCCCCUCCCCUCCCAAAAAUUGCCAUGGACAUGACUGAGAACCCCUUUUAUGCUUCCAGCAAGGAAGUCAAAAUGAGAAGCAUCUACCCGGAUCUUGCAGACAUCCGGAUUCCAGCUCACUCCAAACCUCUGCCCUCGCCAGGUUAUCUGCCCCCUGCAUCUGCUGUGGGAGGCGGAGCGGGAGCCUUUUGUCUGGACCCUCCGCCCUCGAUGAACGCCGGGGGCUUCCGGAGGGGUGGGGGCAGCACCGGUAUGGAUGACCAGUCCUGCUCCGUGCUCCAGAUGGCCAAGUCCUUGAGCGAGGUGGAGUACCAGCCCUGUCGGGACAGGAACCCCCCCUUGCCCCUGAAGGGCAUGGCGCCCCCAUCCCUCCGUGGCAUGGUGCUGCCUGAUUCCUGCCGUACCUUCCCACCCCACGCCAUCAGAGAGAGCAUUGAAGAGGUGCUGUCUGAAGAGGUGUCCUGGCAGGGUGGCAGCAGCAGUUCCAGCCUGUCGUUCGAGUCGAGCGUUGGGGACUGGCUCCGUCGGCUGGGCCUGGAGCGCUACGAGGAGGGGCUGCUGCACAACGGCUGGGACGACCUGGACUUUCUCAGUGACAUCACAGAGGAGGACCUGGAAGAGGCGGGUGUUAAUGAUCCGGCUCACAAGAAAAUUAUCCUGGAAAACCUGAAACUGCAGAAAUAACCAACCACCUGCCUUUGAGAGGCCCUACAGACACCUUGCCCUGUCGUGCCUUCAAAAAAAAGGAAUUGCACUGUUAUUUGAACAUUUUACUCAGAAAACAUGUUUUUAUCUCCUAAUUUUUGUUGUUCUUAUUUAAAUGACAUCCGGUUGAAACUUUAUAACAUUAUAAAUAACCAAGUUCUCUGCAAAAGAUACUGAUGACGCAAUGGCUUGUGCCAUUGCAAACCUAUGCUGUGCCUAGGAGAUCUGUGGUGUUGUUUUUGCAACAUUAUUUAAAGGGAAAGGUUCAAACCAAAAAAGCCCUGGCACAGAAUGACUCUCUUGGGCGUGUCAAAGAUUCUGUAUUGUGCAGCCCCGUUUCCAGUCUAUCCUCUUCAUCUAACCCAGCCUUUUAGUAGUUAACGGUUAGCUACGAUAAGAUGAGUGACUGGGGCAUUUGCAGGACCUUCCACAGCAACCAGUGCAUAUCAUGGGUCACCAUGGCAACAUCCCUGGGAUUAGCCAAUGCACACCCCCUCCACAGGCCACAACAUUAUAUACACUGUGUUCUACUACUCCCCUGUGAGGUGUAAUGAAAGGUCUGUAAAACAAAGGGCUUCAGUAUUGCUGUAAGAUUUAAUAGGAGAAAUGUAAUUCGUUGCUGUGCUGAGAACAUAUGUAUUUAUUUGAUUUGUGUUUUUCUCCCUCAAUGCAGCUUGACAGGACUUUGUAAUCUCGCUGUGUAGUUAAAGUACCUUUCACAGUAGCUUGAUCGGUGUAACCUUUUGUGACAGUGGCUCUCCGUACCAUAAAAUUUCAAUAACUUAAUUUAUUUAUUUUUGUAAGCCAGGAAGUUUAUGCUGAGUUCAGUGCAGGUGCAAAGUGGCAGACUGAUAACACUGCAAAAUAAAGACAGUUGUUUUUUUUUCCAUGAAGCCUCCAGAUUCGACAGAGCACACUCCAGUGUUAAAUACUAAUAGAGGGAAAACAAUAUGCGACAAUAUGUGAACCUGUGUUGUUUUCAUCAGCCAGCAGGGGGUGCUGCAGAGCUGUUAAUGUAAUUGCAAACCCUUCCUGGUCUCUAAUCACAGCCUUGUGCACGGGCUCUAGUUUGGGUGGAGGGGUGCUACUUUGCAACACAUGCACUGUUGUUGCAAUAUAAGCAACAAUGAAAGGGAGGAAAGGGAGGAAAUGGAGGAUAAUCCAGUUCUGUAAAGAAGUGUAUUUAUGUGUUCAAUGUUACCUGAGAAUAACUAACUUACGAAAUACAGUGGGGUUUAUUUUUAAUAAACGUGUUACUUACUGUU